UGGUUCUUUAUUGGGACUUAGUGUCGGUACCAAUACCAAUACCGAUACACAACGUCGUCAAUAACAUUUUUCUCGCUGCAUGCUCCAUUGCUCACGCCAACUUUGCUGGCGACUUUCGUCUCAGCGAUGGCAUACACGGCAAAUGUCGCGAGUCGUCCGUCUCAGAGGCAACGAAGGCCAGGGGAUUCGUAUCAUCUCUGAAGGCGCCGACCGCAAAGUUACCCCACGGCCCGCCUAUGGCGAAGAGCUCCUCAGCGUCCCCAUUCCUUACGGACCCGACUUCCUCAAUGUACGCAUCGGCCAGGUGAUUCCACGAGAAGAUGAGACGACGUUUCGAGUGGACCAUAACGACUACUUGAGUGUCAAGAUACUCCGCAAGUUGGGCAUUGGGCACCAUGCGAGCGUUUGGCUUGGGCGUUCGGACCAGUGGAGGAAUAAGGAACGAGAACGGGAGUCAGUAUUUCGCGGUCAAGGUCUUUUCCAUACAGGGCUCCCUUGACGUUGGGCAGCACGAACUGAGGAGGCACGAGAUAAUGAAGAGGAAAGCGGGCAAUCAUCCAGGAUCGCGACACAUUGCCCUCAAUUGCUGGAGCGUCGUGCUGGCGGAACCGUUCAGUCGCCUCUUGCAUCUCCUAGGCGACCAGGGAACAAAGCAACGAUGGCCCGUAAAUGUAUGGCAGAAACUUUUUCGUGACAUGCUGCUCGCUCUCGACUUUCUUCACUCCGAGUGCGGUCUUGUCCAUGGAGAUAUCAAAGGAGAUGACAUAUUGGCAGACAAUGCAUUGAAUGACGACCAGUUAAAGGAACUGUUGGACAAGGAACCGAUUGAGUUCGGCGAAUCGACAACGUUUCGUGACAACUUGUACAACCGCGAUUUCAAGGAUACCUCCAGCGUGUACCACAAGGUUCAGCAACCCAUGCAAAUGCCUUUAAUGACGCAAUUGGAUCCUUCUAUGAACUUCAAAUUAUGUGAUUUCGGGGCUUCCAUUCCCACCACAUCCCUGCGUCGUCGAGCCCCAGAACUCGUUCUAGGUCUUCCUUGGGACGAGAAAAUCGAUAUCUGGACACUGGGAAUUAUAAUGCUUGAGACCCUAACGUAUAGGCCCGUAUUCCGCGGGCCAUUCGAUAGAUUCCAAUCGUUUAAAAACAAAAAGACCAUGGAAGAGGCAGAAAAGUACAAUGUCCAGGACCAUCUCUUUGCCAUGACGCUUUUCAGUGGAGAGGACAAACAGUUUCCCCGGUGGAUGAUUGAGGCCUCACCCAAGGGUAAGGAGUAUUUCAAUGCCGACGGGAAGCUGAAAUCCGGAUCCUGGAAAUCUGUGCUCCCGGAGGGGCUUGUACAGACCGCCCAACACAUGACGAAAAAUGUGAUAGCGACAGAGAUUGUCGGCCAUGAAAUUCUGUCUACUCAGGCCCCCAUGGUCGGCGUGGAUAAAGACUUGGUAGGGAUCAUUGAACAGUGCUUUACGUUGGAUCCUAAGGAGAGACCAAGCGCAAAAGAGUUGUUACAGCAUGACUUUUUCAAGCGUUCUGCUGCUGCUGAUGGUGACGGUGAUGGUUUUAUCCAUCACCUUGUAUCCAGGGCAGAAGGCUCUGAGUGAAUCCGAUGUGGUUGUUUCUCUAAUCCUCCAUACCUUGAACCCUUACUUUGAACAAGACGCCCUUCAUCCUAUGUUACAACCUGUCCGUAAACAGAAGUGAAUUAACAAGCAUGGAUUUUGAAG